CAGAGAUUAACGAGAAAAAUUAACAGUUAUAAUAAACCCAGUUUCAGUAAUGGCAAAUGAUAAUGUAGUGUAGCUAAGUAGUAGAAUUGCAGGGGUGCAAUGGAGGAGUUACACGUUCAAUUCUUGGAAACAAUCCCUCUACAUAUUAUGUAGCAUAAGGUCUUGCCUAUCCUAACCCCCGUCCACUGCGGAAGCCUUAUGCAUGGGUGUUGUUUCCCUUCCACCAAGUGUACAAAAAAGAAGAACCAACUUACAAUUGGUCAAAUGUUAAAAACAAAAAAGAAAUCAAUCCGCAUAACAUGUAUGCUUUCAUUGCAAUCACAGGAAGAAUAUGAUGACAACAUCCUCCUAUCCAACGCUCCUAUGAUGCUAAAACUCAUGUCGCCCACUUUAAUAAAGCACUUCAAUUAUAGCUUUUAUAAAAUAACCAGAGAAGAUAUGCCCUAAACUCAAAGGGAAAAAAAACACCUUCCCUAUCAACUGGACCACCACUUUCUUCAUACCUUAAUGCUGUAUAAAGCCAGCACUACAACCGUCAAGUUCUCUAACAAAAUGGCUGCAACUGCUCCAAUUGCAAUAGGCACACGAGGAACUGUAGGAUCACUUGUGAGGAAAGAAAUUGAGUAUUUCACCAAGUUUGAGCUACAAUGUUCUGGAAGUUGUAAGAGGCGUCAAGGAAAGGUUGUUGACCUGGGUUGUAGCACUGGCAAUUCUAGGCCUGGUUUCUGGUACUUGACGAUGAGCUGGAAAAGGAAGAAGAGAAGAAUCAACAGCGGGUUCCUGCCAAGCAUGUGCUCUGUUGUGGAAGUAGCAGAUGGUAAUAGGACUCCUGGUCUUAGUUACAGGAUCCUUGAAAAUGAUUUGAAGAACUUGCACAUCUAGACCUCUCUCUUCAACAGCUUAAAAUUAGGGCUGGCCUGCUACCAUUCAGGUCAUCUUCUAUUUCUUCCGUUUCAAUUAAUAUAUGUUGUCAAAGAAAGGUAAUACCGCGAGUACAUGCCCAUCCCUCACCUGCCACCAUUGCUGAAGCUUUCUGGAGCUACUAUUCUAAAAAGCAUCCAGUUUCCUGCUAGUUCUUACUAUGGAA